AUGAAGCCCCGGAUGUACAGCAUGGCUUGCAGCGUGGCCGGAGGAGAUCCCACUACAAAGUUCACGUAUGACCGCCUUCUGAGCAUGGGACUGCUUGCUGGGCAGCCCUUGCUUGAGAUCAGCCCGGAGGGAGUCAUCACUGUGGCGCCUGCCAACUCCUUGAGCGAGGUCUUCAAUACCCUGCACGUCAACGGAACUCAACGCAAGGCGUUUACUCUGGGCUGCCGGGUCUUUGGCCUCUUCCCAGAUGCCUCGUUGCCUCCUGUCCGUGACACCGUAUGUUGGGUCUCACAGACUGUCAAGGCCAUCGCCGUCCCCGACCAUGCUGCCACUUCCGAGGCCUUAUGCCGUGCACGUUGUCGCGAUGACAGCAAGUGCGCCAGCUAUCAGUUCGCUGCAGACGCUACCCAGAACGUUACGGAGUGCAGGAGGUAUGAUGUUCGCGCCGAUGGGAGCCCGGCGACCGUCAUGGCCAAGAUCACCAAUUGUACGGACGAGGGCACGUGUGUUCACGUGUCACACUCUGAUUGGUAUUUGGCCGGCCAGUACUGCCCGGUCGGCAGAGAUGCAGUGGGCGGUGGGAUCAUCUACCUGCGCGAACAUGUGACGCCAGAGGAUCGGGUGUAUAUGCGUGACGCGCCCCUUGAAUGUGGGGCCGGCAAGUCAGCCUUGCUUGCGACGUCGGGCCACGACUUCAUCAACAAGGAGCUGGGCCUCUUCGAGCUCCGUGGCACACGGUACGCGUGUGUGGAGAGCAACUCUGUCAAUUACUCCCCGAACCCGUGUUCGACAGCCGACCUUGCUUGGGUCGAGGAGCAGGAGCAGAACGAAGAGGGUGUGCCGGCGCUGGUGUUUGACGACCCCGGUACCGCAGAGCCUCAGGACUUUUGGCUUCACCCUUGCGAUUGUGCUCCGCCCGCAUGGGGCACGAACUUCCCAGUGGAUCCAACCAUGUUCGAAAACCUUCCAGCGAACAGCAGCAACGUCUACAUUCCCCUCCCUUUCAGCAUCGUCACGGGGCAGCUGGUGUGCCCGUCGCGGCAGCUUUUGGAAGGUGCCGUGGGCGUCCACUUCCAGUCCGAAGAGGAGGCAUUGGAGCGUUCCGACUGCGAAGCUCGCUGCCGCGAGCAAGAAGCCUGCGCUUUCUUCUGGCACGGCACGCAACACGGCGCCACCACUUGCCGUCUCUUCAGGGGUUGCGACAACCUCGUGCGUGAGUUCAGCUUGGAAGGCGAUCUACAGGCCAUGCCGCGAACUCCAAGUUGCGCCAUCUCAGACGCAGCAAAGUGCUGGGCAACCACGCUGAGGAGGAGCUUUCUGACGACGGCCUACAGAGCAGGUGGCGAGCUCCCAACCGAGACUGGGACUCCCUCGUUGCCCCCAAAGCCGGCCGAUCCACCCGCAGAGGGCAUGAUUGCCUGGUACAAGAGCGAGGAUGCGGGGUCUGUCUGGAACAACGCAGUUUCCCGACACACCAGCAAAGCAGGCAGGUGCGCGAAGGACACCGUUACACGCCGGGUGGCUGCAGGCUAUGGCGCUGAUCGUCCGGUGACCUACAUCCAAGGAUCAAAAGACUCCCAGUACAGAUUCGGUGGCAUCCUCAGGCCCAGCCAUACGAUCUGCUCCAUCACCCGCUACACUCAAGGAGGCGGAGAUCGCAUCCUUCAGAUGGGAAAUGAUGGGAAGAACUGGCUCCAUGGCCACUGGAAGGGAAGCGUCGGCGUCGCCUUCUACAAGGAUGCCUGGCUCACGAAAAACGAAAACAACGGUUAUCCAAAAGACUCCCUUGACUGGGUAGCUCUUUGCGGCACCAACGGCGCAAGGAGGGCUUACGACUCAAGGACGCCAGAGCCUCAAAACACGGCGAUUGCCGGGUCGAACACUCAGUUCAACACGACAGAGGAGCUUUGGAUCAAUAAAAACAUCGGUGGCCUGACCGACUGGGCAGUCAUGGAGAUCAUCACCUGGGAACGGGUCUUGUCUGAGGACGAGAUGCUGGCCAGCCUGGCAUACCUAAAAUGGAAGCUGCGAGCCGGUUCCGCCUUGGAGCUCGCAGAGCACCUUGCCACCGACACCGAGAACAACUUCGCAGCUUUCGGCAAGCAGGACCGAUCGGGCACGGCGUCGGAAUCCUUCCAAGCCACGUUAGCCAAUGGCUACAAGGCGGACCUGACGGGAUGGACGCACUUGCGCGAAUAUGCCCGUGGCUUCAUCGGGUACGGCAGCGGGGCGGUGGCCAGUGCCGUCAUCAAAGGCCUGACACCGGGAUCAAAGUAUGCCUACAACGUGUACAUGCAAUCGUGGAAUGAUGGCUUGAUUCACGAGGGCAAAGUCACGGUGAACCAUGAUUGGCAGUGGGGACGCGCCAGAGUCACAAAGCUGCGCGAUGCCAGGUUUGCAGGGGUGGCAGUAGCAACGACCUCUGGCGAGAUUGUCUUCAAGUUCACAGGGAAAACAGACCGCGUGCACCUGUCGGGCAUCGCGAUUGCGCGUGUGGGACCAAGUGCAUUGCUCAAGCCCAUAGACCCACCCUCAAGUGGUAUGGUGGCCUGGUACAAGAGUGAAGAUGCCGGCUCUCUUUGGCCCAGUUCAGUGGGAGGCUUCAUGGGAAGGGCCAUGCACAACGGCGUUUUCCGCAAGGUCAGUGCAGGUUUCGGAGCUGAUCGCCCAGUGACUUACAUCCAGGGCGACACAAGCAGGGCCUUCCGAUUCGACAAGAUCUUGACGCCGCUCCACACCGUCUGCUCCGUCACCCGCUAUGUUUCGGAAAAUCAGAACCGCAUCCUUACCGUUGCAAGCCCGAGCGAAUGGCUGCAUGGCAACCGCAAAGGGUAUGUUGGAGUCGCGCGCCACAAUGACGUCUGGCUUACAGAGAGCGCUCCAGCGAACAACAGCAACGUAAGGGAUUGGGUUGUGAUGUGCGGUACCAAUGGGGGCAAGCUAGCUUAUGACUCGCUCUGGAACUACAAGGAGAACAAGGCAAUCCGGACGACGACCUCGCAGCUCCCCACAACCGAAGAGAUCUUCGUCAACAAGGGUGAUUUUUCCCUCUCCGACUUCGCGGUCAUGGAGCUCAUCACCUGGGACCGGAAGCUUUCCAAGGCUGAGAUGUGGGACAGCAUGGAGUACCUGAUGUGGAAGCUCCGGGCAGGUGCAGUCCGGGAGGUCUCGGAGCACCUAAGCCCCUUCUCCGAGCGCAACUUCGUCUCCUUUGCCGAGCCUGAGCUAAGCAAUGUUCAAGACCAAUCCUUUCAGGCCAAUUUGGCCAAUGGUUACACGGCGACCAUGUUGGGUUGGAUAAAGACACGUGCUCCGCACGGCUUUGUCCGAAAUGCCGACGGGAAAGCAACGGCGGUGGUUAGCGGUCUCAAGCCGGCGGCCAUGUACGUCUACCAGCUGCACAUGAGGAUGACGAUUGAGGACAACAUGGGUAAGUGCCGCAUCGUCUUGAACCACGGACCCAUUGCCUUCACCUUUCAGGGAAACGCGAUUAUUCCGAGGUUUGAAGGCGUGGCAAAGGCAAAUCCAAGGGGCGAGCUGCACUUCGAGUUCGAACGAGAAGAUUCACACUGCGUUCUAAGUGGCAUUGCUGUCGCUGCAACGAGCGGCCCGGUGGCUUUCUUGGGAGAAGCUACCAGUCUGAGCAGUUCGAGAGCAGCCACCAGGGAAGGAGCUGCAACAGAAUUCUUGCAGGGCUUCCGGUACUUGCAAUUGUACCAGGAUUGCGACACCAUCUCGGCGGGGCGGGGGUAG